AGAGGGAGAGAGAUUCUUCUCUAUAUUUUUAAGGCGAGGGUUUUCAUUCCCAAUUCUAGCACUAUUUGCCAAAAAUUUCAUCUACUAUCUUCUCCAUUGAUUAAACACCUAUCUACUUUUGCUUGAGGUGGGAGGGGAGAGAGACGAAGACAUCAGAUCAUUUCUAAGAUGCCCAGAAGACCCUAAUCCAUUACACAACCUUUUCUUGAUCAUUAACACUUUCUGAAGGGAAAAAGACAAAGGAUAUGAAUAAAAGUGAGGAUACAGAAGACUCCAAGACAACCCCUAGCAACAAAAAUGAAGAAGAGGAUGAGGAUGAGGAGGUUGAUGACAAUCAUAGAUCGAAAAAUGGAACAAGCUCGAGCAACAGCACUGUUGAAGAGAAUGGAAAAAAGGCGACCACUGGAUCUGUAAGGCAAUAUGUACGAUCAAAGAAUCCGAGGCUCCGAUGGACUCCUGAUCUUCAUCUUCGGUUUGUUCAUGCGGUGGAAAGAUUGGGAGGACAAGAUAGAGCAACACCUAAGUUAGUUCUUCAAUCAAUGAACAUCAAAGGCCUUAGCAUCGCCCAUGUCAAGAGUCAUCUUCAGAUGUACAGGAGUAAGAAGAUUGAUGAUCCCUAUCAAGCUAUUUCAGAUCAAAGGCUUGUUGUUGAUGGUGGGGAUCACCAUGUUUAUAACCUUAGCCAGCUUCCCAUGCUACAAGGUUUCAAUCAAAGGCCUAUUUCUAGCUUAAGAUAUGGAGAUGCUUUAUGGAAUCAUCAUGGAAGCUCGAAUUAUAGUUCUUACAUGAGUGGGGCUGCAUUUAAUGGAACAAGACAUGGAAUUUAUGGUUCAGCAUCUGAGAGGAUCUUUUGGAACAACAAUGGCCAUUUACUUGGUUGUGGUUUUCAUAUGGCUAGUUCUUCUUUUCAGGCACAAAGUGCCCGCAGAAACCUCGAAAAUCUGGCGGAGCCUCCAUUGUUUCAAGCUCCUAGUUCAUGGCGAACUCCAUAUAGAACAAGUUCAACUGAACUUAACUCCAUCACAGAACUGCAAGAUAAAGGAAAAGAUCAAGUGCAUGGUUCUCUUUCCACAGACAAAAACUGGUUGGUGAAUCUGGAAGAAACAAGAACACAAAAAAGAAAGGUUUUAGAUUCAAAUUGUGACCUGGAUUUGAAUCUAUCACUGAAAAUGACCCCAAAAGAUGAUGAUUUUGAGAGAAGUUUGAAGGACAGGAAGGUUGAUAGUAGUUUAUCUCUUUCUUUGUUCUCAUCUUCAACCUCAAAGUCUAGCAGAUUAGAAGAAAGUGAUGGUAGUAGAAAACAGUCAAGAAUGGCAAGUUCUCUAGAUCUGACUCUGUGAAUGAGACAAAUUCUAAGUGAGAUUUUGAGGUACUUGUGGGAAAAUUAUUGCACAGAUCAUGUCAUGUACCAACAUACAAGGUAAUACCAUUACUUUGUUCUUUCAUUAUCCUAUGUGAGAAUCAGUGUCCUAAUAUAUAUUAAUUAGCCUCAAUUUGUGAAUAUCUAGGACAAGACUAAUAUCUUUAUCAUGGGCAUGGGUACUCAGCCUAGUGCUGGU